GGUCUUACUACAUCACUUUUAAUACCUUGAUAUUUUCAACAUCGUGCUAGAGCUCCAAGUUAUCUAUAACGUCCAAAUACUCAGUCGAAGUUACACAUUUCAAUUAACCUUUCAAUCUUAGCCGUUAUAUCACCGUACAUUUGCGACGUUAGGUACCUACCUACCUAGAUUGAGACUUAAUAUGGCUGCGGUAAAGACCGACCACCUACACCGGACGGCCGCGGAGCCGCGAGACAAGUCCCUGAAUACUGUUACACUAGCCGAGAUCAUCGAGAUCAACGAUCAGGUCAGGCUGUUCCGCCUAGAACUUUCUGCUCCCCUUAGAUUCUUGCCAGGCCAGUGGCUCGACGUCUAUGUACCUGGUGUCUCGAAGGCUGGCGGGUACACCAUCACCUCACCCCCGUCGAGCGCACGCUCAUCCACAUCGCAUGAUCCUUCAUCACCCCCUUCGCAACCUUACCUAGAACUCGCUGUUCAAAAGUCGCCCGAUCCACCCGCAGCUUGGCUGUGGCAGGAUCCCGACUCAAUCACCUACUCCGAGCUUCGGGUUCGCGUCGGUGGUAGCUUUGUAUGGCCGCCCCCAGGCAUCAAUACCAGAACCUUGCGAAAAGUGGUCUUCGUCGCCGGCGGCGUUGGCGUCAAUCCAUUUAUGAGCAUGCUGAGCAGCCUUGCCGAGAAUGUUGGCUCGGACGAUCCUCUCGAGGUACAGUUCCUGUAUUCCCUGAGGCACGAUGAGGGCCAGCCUAGACAAGCGCGGCGCCUGUUAUUUGUCGAGAGGCUGGCUUCGAUCUUCGCGUCUGGGAGAGUUAGGGGUCGGCUACAGUUGUUCCUGACGGGCUCAACCGGAGAAAGGGACGAGGAGGGUGUGAUAUCAUGCGGAAGAGAGGAAGAAGGGGGGUAUGAUGUACGGUUUCGUCGUCGUAGAAUGAUAGUGGAAGAUGUAGCCGCCGCCGCCGGCGACGCUUCCGAGAGGAGACUCGCCGUAGUUUACGUAUGCGGCGUCCCAACUAUGGCGGAUGCCUUUGUUCAGAAACUUGCCGAUCCACAGCACGGAUUUGGCAUGGAACCUCACCGGGUGCUCUGUGAGAAGUGGUGGUAGUCACGGCUCCUAGGGAAUAUGAUCUCUAUAUGUAACUUUGAACGUCAAUUCCCAUCAAUAUCGGGAUCUAAUCCUAAUUUAUCGCCUUUAUGUUCUGGCUGCCCGACACAAAACCCACGC